UGUUAUUAAUAGCAGGAUUUCUGAAUUCAUAUAUAUAAGUUAAAUACACAACCGAUUAAUUGUGAGCUAAAUACACAUUUAUUCAACAUAGAUUACAUGGAUUAUUCACAUUAUAUUCAUCAAUGUUCAUCAUUCAUUGAAUCAUAUUCAGAAGAACCAUUGAAAUUGUAUACCAUUGUACACGAUUUACAUUAAACAAUAUUCUUAAAUAUAAUUGGAUGUAAUAGAAUCAAAUCUAGUCUCAUUAUAAAACUAUGAUUCAGAGAAGUACAUCAAUUAUUAUAUUGAAUGUAAUUGUAUUCUUUAAUAUUUUCACAAAUAUUAUUAUUAUUUAUAUACAAGCUGAACAAAAUGCUACAAUAUGGUGUAAACAAUAUCUUCAAUCAUCACAUAGAUCUGUAGAUAAAGCAUUUGAUAUUACACAUUUAAUUUUACAUUUAAAUAAAGAUUUAAAUGCAACAUUUUCAAAUGCUCCUGAACCUGGUUGGUAUGACAACAUCUCAAUGUAUUAUAAUAACAAGACUGAACAAAAUUUCAAUUUAAUGUGCACGAAAUUAUAUGGAAUAGUUACUGACUCAAAAACUAAUUCACAAGGUGGAAAUAUGAUACUGAACGCUUAUAGUUUUUGGAAUAUUCGACCAAAAGUUUGGAUUGCUUCAUUAAUUUCAAUUUUUGUCAUAAGUGCAGUUGGACUAUUAGGAGUUGGUGUAGUACCAUUAGUUCAAAAAGUAUUUUUCAAUCAAGUUAUUCAAUAUUUGGUUGCAUUAGCUGUUGGAACUUUAACCGGUGAUGCAAUGCUACAUUUACUUCCACAUGCUAUAAGCAGUGGUCAAGGUCAUGAUCAUGGAGGUGAACUGACAUCAUCUAAAGAAGAAAAUGGUGAACGUAUAGCAAUUAUGAAAGGUUUUGUAGCUUUGGGUGGUGUAUAUUUCUUUUUCAUGGCAGAGAAAAUAUUAAGUUUAACUUCUGAAUAUCGAGCUGAAAAAAAGCUUGAAAAAGAAGAUCGUGAAAGAGCGUUACUUAAUUUGCCUGUAGCUCCAGUAACUCGUCGUCUAAGUUCUGUAAGACCAUCUAUAGCUCCAAGUGGACUUUUAGCAGUACCUGGACAAACUAGAAGACUAUCACAACUUGAUCCUACAUCGUGUAGAAGAGCAUCACGUGCUAUGUCUAUCGCAAACGAAGAUGUAUUUGUUACGGGAUUAAGUAGCAAAGCAAUGAAAUCAAUCGACAUUCUUUACAGCUAUGCAGAGGAAUACGAUGAACUUACAAGAAGAUCUUCACAGGAUAUUAGUGUAGACCAACCAUUGGUAAAACAUGAAUUACAAUUGGAUCUUCCUGACGGGAAAUCAAAGCAAAUUAAUGAAGGGGACAGCUCAAAGAAAGAUAUACAACAACAACAAUAUCAAGAAAGUCUUGCAAUAAAUUUACCAAAAAUUACAAUAGCAAAUGAAAAUGAGACCAAGCCAAAAGAAUCAGAAAAACAGUUACGUAUCGACUUACCAGCUCAUCACCAGGAAGACGUAAACACAUCUGAUCAUGGGCAUGGUCAUAGUCAUGGUCAUUCGCACGAAGUUCCAGAAUCUGUAGCCGCAGUUGCUUGGAUGGUAAUCAUGGGUGAUGGUCUACAUAAUUUUACAGAUGGGAUGGCUAUCGGUGCUGCAUUCGCUCAAAGCAUUUCAGGUGGUCUUAGCACAAGUGUUGCAGUAUUCUGCCAUGAACUACCGCACGAGCUAGGUGAUUUUGCUGUACUUUUAAAAACUGGUAUGCGGAUUAAAGAAGCAAUGUUUUUCAAUAUUAUCUCAUCAAUUCUUUGUUUAUUUGGAAUGCUAGUUGGUAUAGGUAUUGGUAAUGUAGAAUCGGCAAGUUACUGGAUAUUUGCAAUUACUGCUGGAACAUUUAUCUAUAUUGCACUUGUCGAUAUGUUACCUGAACUGAAUUCAGUUGAAUUGAGACCAGGUCAAACACGUAUUGGUCAAUUAAUUAUUCAAACAACUGGUUUAAUAACUGGUGUUGGAAUUAUGCUGGUUAUAGCAUUAUUUGAAGAUUCUAUUCGUGUAAUAGUUGAUUAAAAUUAUUUUUUAAAAAAAAUGAAAAAAAUUUGCAUUUAUAUUACAUAACUUGAUGAACUCUUAUUGAUAUAUUGUAACCAUAUGAACUAUUAUAAUUGAAUAUCUAUUAUCCAUUAGUAUAUUUGACUAUGUAUUGAUGAUAUAUCUCGAAAAAAUCAUUAUACUACUUACUGAUCUUAUUUAUUUCAUUUAUAUAUGUUAUUCAUUUUAUUUCAUUAUUUCAUUAAUUGAGUAUUACCAAUAUUAUCUUUCUACUGUGAAUUGGAUAUUUGGUUGCUUUUCUUAUUAUUAUUCACUUAUCUAUCUACUUACUCAUUAAAGCAUGUAAACAAAUAAACUAUCCAUCUAACUAACUAUCUAUCUAUCUAUAUAACUGGAAAACUGAAUUACAAACUAGUAUACAUUUCGAAUUCACUUAACAGUAUAACUACAUUUAUUUAUUUGAACUUAUAAAUAUUGGUACAAAUGGGCACCGAAUAUACAUGCGCCAAACAA